AUGACGUACGUCCGGACCUAUGGCCGGUCGGACCUUUUCAUCACAUUCACAGGCAAUCCGGCAUGGAACGAAAUCAAGCAGUUUCUUCUGCCCGUUCAACAACCGAGCGAUCGGCAUGAUUUGAUCGCACUCGUUUUCAAGCAGAAACUGGCAAAACUCACGGACUUCAUUGUGAAGUACCAAAUCUUCGGCGAGGCCCGCUGUUGGAUGAAUUCGAUCGAAUGGCAAAAGAGGGGCCUGCCCCAUGCCCACAUUCAAAUUUGGCUCAAGACUAAGAUCCAAACUUCCAAUGUGGAUGAAGUCAUCAGCGCCGAGAUUCCUCAUCGUGUUUCCGAGCCUGCUCUGUUCGACAUUGUCACGGAAAACAUGGUUCACGGACCUUGCGGAGCCAUUAACUCUCAAUUACCAUGCAUGCCUGAAGGUCGAUGCAUAAAGAAUAUCCCCGGUCUUGCGUCCCAGAAACCAUAA